UCGAUAAAGAGGUUACGUUUGAGUGGCGACACGCGUCAGACGUGAUAACAUGGGGCAUAAUUUCCAAGUGAAUACUUUUGCGAAUUAUGCUGCAACAUUGAAAAACGAUCCCAUCAUUCGAAACGUUAGACGGAGUCUGCACUGGCGCGCGACGUAAUCGUUGUUAUCAACGAGGAAAGUCGCCCGCGUACGUCAAGAGUGAGUGAACGAGCAUGUGGGUGUUUGGUUAUGGCUCCUUGAUAUGGAAAGCGGACUUCCCGUACGAAAAGAAGCUCGUCGGCCACAUCAAGGGAUACGUUAGACGCUUCUAUCAGAAAAGUACCGAUCAUAGAGGAGUGCCUAACAGGCCUGGACGUGUAGUAACACUGCUCACCUCUACUAAUCCCAAUGACGAGGUAUGGGGACUGGCGUACAAGAUAUCCAGCGAGAACAUAGACAAUGUAGUUAAUCAUUUGGAUUUUCGAGAGAAGGGUGGUUAUAAGAAGAAAACUGUUCUUUUUUAUCCUUGCGAUUUCUCCAAAUCUAUCCAAAGCACCUCUAACGCCAAUGCCUUUUUGAACGAUCUCAUGCAGACAAGCAUUUCGACAGCAUCUUUGUCGAACACUUUAGAUGAAACACCAUUCUACCUCACGAUCUACAUAGGCGAAGAAGAUAAUCCAAAUUAUGCUGGUACAGAGAAUAUAGAUAUCAUCGCGAAUCACAUACUUGUUUCACGUGGUAUCAGUGGUUCUAACACGGAAUAUCUCUAUAAACUGGCAUCUGCGAUGCGUACGAUAGCUCCUGGUGUACAAGACGAACAUCUAUUUGCUUUGGAAAGAGCUGUAAAACAGCUGGAGGAGGAGAGAGAUAAUGAAUCACAAGAAUCGGAUCAAUUUUCAUAAAAAUUUAUAAUAAUGUAAAAUGUAUCGGAGUGUAGGAAAAUAUGGACAAUUGCAUCAUCAAUCGAUUUUUUCGAGUCCAUUUAGUUUAAUUUUUUCUCUUUAGUUUAUAUAUAGAAAAUAUUUAUAGUUAAGAUUAUAUUUAUGUAAUAAACUGUAUUAGUUUUUUCACUAUGAUCCAAGCUUAAAGAUAGCUUUAAUUACAGUUAGUAAGAGAUUUUUGAUGCAAUUGGCCAAGAACUAAAAAGACGAAAUGUUAUUGCAUUGUCCAAAGCAAUAACAAAAAAAUUUAUAAUAUUUCCUUAAGAAUUGCAGAUAAGAGCAUUUAUAUUAAUCAACAAUGAAGAAUAAAUUAUCUUAUUUAUUAACGAAAUAAAUCAUAUUUUCAUACACAA